GAUUAUUGCAUAAUGAGUCUGAAAGAGGCCAUCAAAUUGAGAGCACAGGUAUUUGGCAGACAAUCAUCAGAUGAACCCAUGGAUUGUAUGGAGUAUUACAUUACGUGUGAAAUACUAUUAGAAGUGUUAGAAAGUGUACGAUAUUUGCAUGAAUUGAAUCCACCGGUCAUUCAUCGCGAUCUCAAACCCGACAACAUAUUGAUAGCCAAUGACAUCAUAAACGGACGGUUCGUUAAGUUAUGUGAUUUGGGAUUAUUAACAGUUCACGAAAAGUUGUCACAAACUAAUACGGCUGGUGUGGGAACUCCUUAUUUUAUGGCACCCGAAGUCAUAAGUGGUCGCAAAUAUAACACAAAAGCUGAUGUCUAUAGCAUUGGGGCUACAAUUGAAAAGCUAUUUGAUAUUGAUAUCAAUGAAUCGCGUGAUAAAUAUAUAUCCAGUGCUUGGAGUGACAAAUAUAAGAAAUUAUUUGACAUUACAAUUAGUGCAACAAAAACUUUAUACGCACAGAGACCUACCUGUGCUCAGAUCAUUGAACAGUACAAUGAAUGGGCUAUCGAUAGCACAGUUGUUACAAAUGAUGUCGAGUUUAAUGAAAAACUCCAACAAAUCAAACACAAGGAAUGGAAACUCCGUAUAGAAAACAUGGAUUCAGAGCCAGAAUUAUGUUGA